AUGAGCGGGACUUCAUUGGAGAUGGCCCGUGCAGACGAUGCUUACAUCAUCGACGCCUACAACGAGGAGGUCGACCCCUGGGACCACCCUGCCAAGGCCGCCAUGCGCGGCCCCAUCCGCCUGACGUGCGGCAUCCGCAACGCUGACUACCUGCGGCGUGUGGCAGAAGCUCUUCAGGCUGCGGAGACGUUUCCUGCCGACCUCAUUGUGUACGCCGCAGGCACGGACGUCCUGGAAGGGGACCCGCUGGGCCUCCUGCGGGUGACGGCAGAGGGCAUUGUAAAGCGUGAUGAACUAGUGUUUGACUACACGCGGACCAAGCGCAAGAUACCCAUCGUCAUGCUGACGUCAGGCGGGUACCAAAAGAACAACGCAGAGAUCAUUGCAACCUCCAUCUCCAACCUUGCUUCGAAGUCGUUGAUCAGUCUGAGCCCGCGCAGCAGGUAGUUGCCGGCAGGCAAUAACGUACUGCCGACGUUGCGUUAAGAGAUUCCAGUCGUGUCGAUCCCUUCAAUUGGUGAGAGACGUAGACAUGAAGACAUCCUCAAUCAUCAAAGCUUUACCUUGGGGAUAUCUCCGGCCGUCAUAUCCAAUCUUGGACUUGAAUCGCCCGCUGGGAAGCAUUCGUAAAGUAAAGUCUCUAUUCCCUGC